AUGGAACCCUCGGGUAGCACAGCCACUGCAUCUUUCAAGUCCGAAUCGUAUGAUAAUGUAUUCUCGCCGUCGAGGACUGUCAAGGUUCUCUUCUUUCAACGUGGCAUGCUCACUCCGUGGCCCAUCAUAGUUGUUACUGGAGCGAACGGUGGAAUAGGUUUUGGUAUUUGCCAACGGCUGUUAUACCAGCUUUCAGAAUCUUCACCUCCAGACGCAAAUCUUCCCGUCGAGCAGAAGCUCUCUUUGACAGGAGAUACCGACGACGGUAUUCAGACUCCAUGCCAAGGAUUGACGCUCAUCCUUGCAUGUCGAAGUAAAAAACGCGCAGAGGCAGCCAUGGAAAAGCUGUUUACUUUGCUUGAUGAACAUAUAGAGAAACUCAAAAAACGAAAGGGAUAUGAUGGCCAUGCGGAGGUCUUCAGGAAGAACCUGAGGUUGAAAUUUCACGAAUUGGACCUUGGGAUGUUGAGCACCGUCAGUAAAUUCUCAAACGAGCUAAAAGAAAAUUACCCAUACGUUUCCCAUCUAAUAUGCAACGCUGGCGUAGCGACAUUUCACAGAAUUAACUGGUGGCGUUGUGCAAAACAAUUACUAUCCUCACCUCUUGGUGCCGUUACACACCCAAUGUUCUACUCCGAGACAUGGGGAGAGGUGAGCAUAGACUGUUAUGGCUGGGUUUGGCAAUGCAACACGUUUGGACAUUAUUUUCUGUUCCGUGAACUGGAACCGCUUUUGCUAUCACCCAGAUGCCCAAUGACUUCCCGUGUCAUCUGGACAUCGUCUUUAAAGGCCUGGAGGGAUUACACUUCCGACGACUGGCAACUAAAACUCUCUAAAGCUCCUUACAACGCAUCAAAAUAUCAGACCGAGCUGAUAGCGACUCUUUUCGAUCACCGCGAGCUUCGCAAAGCCCCUAGCGAGAAACGCACGCGACAUUUCAUCUCUCAUCCAGGUGUCUGCCAUACAAAUAUUGACCUCAACCUCAUUCCGCCUAUAUUACACUAUCUGAAAUGGGUGGUUUUCCACCUCGCACGACUGCUUGGUUCUCCAAACCAUCCUAUAUCUUUCGAAAAGGGUGCACUUUCCGGUGUUUGGCUAACCAUCGUGUCCCUCGCUUCCAUCUCGGUUUUAUUAUCCCGGGGUGAAAACAAAGCUACAGCUGGUAACGGACGCUGUAAUUUUACCAAUGGUCAUUCCAAACACGAACUCGAUGACCGACCUCCUGCGAAGAUUGGUUCAUGUUGCGAUAGGUGGGGGAACCCUAUUAUUGGAGUCUUUCCUAUCGAGGGUUGGGAUGUUCAAGAGGCGGAGCGGCUGGUUGAAAAGUUUGAAGAGACAUAUCUGAAGGAGAAGGAGCACCAGCGGUGGCAACCAGCACCCGAAACUGCAACUGAAAAGAUGUAAUUGCUAGAGUUGUGCCGACGAUAUUGAUAUUUAGUACA